GUGACCCAAAUGAGUGCUCCAAAGUUUGCUACAGGUUCAGUCCUACCCACUUAAGCAAAGGCAGACGUGGCAUAGUUCAGCAGGGUCAUGUCAAUGAUGCAAUGAUGUACUGAUGAACUCAGGAGGCUUCAUGUGGAAGACAUGUAGCUGGUUACCAGAGAGCCAGGAAAAGAAGUCUGCAAAAGCUACAGGAAAAAUCAGAUUAUAAGCUAUAAUAUUUGUGUGUGGGGAGGGGAGAGAGGGUAAUGAACUUUCCCACUGAGGCCUCUAAAAGACCUCAAUUAACUUUAAUGGCUUCUAAAUGAAUGACUGUUUUUGGAAAAAGUCAGGGUUUUGUUAGAUCCAUUCAAAUAUUUUGAUAUACAAGCUUGUAUUAACCAUUCUAGAGGACCUUAAAUGGGUGAAUUUUUCUGAUUUAAAUAAGGCCUGUAUUUUUUAAGGAAAAGUUUUGCACUUAUUUUUAAAGGAAAAAAGCUUGUGUAUAACUUUAGAGUUAAACUCAGUAUUCAAAUCCUCGGAUAAAAGGCUCCGGCAUUGUCUUCACUCCCCAUUCUGAUGACACAAAGAGAUAUUAUCAGCCAACAAAGCACGUUUUGCUGCAUUCAAGACCCAAUGUCUCAUUCCAUGGACCCAUGCAUCUUCCAAAAUACAAGGAAGUGGCUGGGAAUCUCUUUCAUUAUUUCCCUUCACAAAAAUGCUGCUUAUCACCUUUUCUUUUUCAUUUUCACACUCUUGGUCAGCCCACCUCUCCUGUCCCUCUACAUUAGCCAUGCGAGUGACCAGCUCCCAGUACCAGGAUUACUGAUUUUUCUACGUAUCAGAACCAGAGACUGGUUGAAUUUGUAUGACUUAAAGGAUGUUACUCUAGGGUCCUCAAUCACUUAAACACCAUCCUGCAGAUAAAAAUCUGGUGGACACUCUGGUGCUGCCUGGACUUCCACUCUGGACUGAAGCACUCCUUCUCCCAGAUGCUGACAGCUUAAAGCUGAGUUUGUCUCCAAGAAUUUUCCUCUGCUGGAGGAAGCUGCCUUGCCCAAAGUUACACUUCUCCAUGGCAGCAGCCCACAUCAAAUUAUGGGGCAAUGCAGAGGCACAGAUUCCCAGUCCACUUGCCUAAGUUCCUGACGACUCUAGCCCUAGCCUUCCCUGUGGGAUCGGAUGAGGUCACCAUUAUUGCAAUAGCUCUCUCUCAGCUCACACUUACAACUGCCUGCAGGGGUCCCUUCUGACCAGCUGAUAGAGAGGGGGAAGGCUGAGCUUGAUACACUAAUAAAUUGGCAUGGCAUUUGGGUACAAGCCCAAAAUAGAAUGCUGCUGCAGAAUAGCUCACUCAGGAGUCACCCUAAAGACAGCAGUGAGGGAAAUCCUCCCAAAAGGCAACCUUGAGGUAGUGCACCUGGCUGCUCACUCGGUACAGAAAGAAAAGUAGCCCAAGGUCAAGCAUAUAUGGAAUUAUUGAGCAGUAAUGUGUGGCUUGGCUGGCUGGUCCAGGGCCUGGAAGGAGAAAGAUUGGAAGAUUAGGGACAAGAAGGUCUGGGGUAGAGGAAUGUGCAGGGAGAUAUGGGAUUGGGCACAAAGGGCGAAGAUAGUUGUAUCCCAUGUGAAGGCCCAGUGUAGGGCAUCCACCAUUGAAGAGGCACUAAACAACCAAGUAUAAAAAAUGAUUUGGUCAUUUGAUACCAGUCAGCGUCUGCCAUCAGCCACCCUACUGCUGGCAGUGAGCUCACUAAGAGAGCGUUCAUAGUGGUAUGGAUGAAGGCUAUGCAUUAACUUCUACUUAUUAAGGCUAAUCCAGCUAUUUCCACUGUAGAAUGUCCAAUCUGCCAGCAAUAGGGACCAACUCUGAGCCCUUUUGGUCCCAUGCCUUGAGAAGACCAAUCAGCCACUUAGUGGUAACAUUUGAGGCAGAGCAGGAACACCAAACAGCAGGCAGGACUCUGGACAGCCACCAGCAGAAGGAGGGAUUUAGGCCCUUAGGAAGAUCUGAAAGGGGGAAGAAAGCCACAACUAUCUGUUUUUGCUCAGGUCAGAGCCAAUUAUUGAGGACCUGCAAUGUGCCAACCCUCUGCUCUAGGGCUCAGGGAUAGACAUGAACAAGAAAUAAUACCCAGCCCCCAGAAGCCUACAAAAUUCCAGGCAAGUAUCAGUUUUAUUCAAGACAAGCCCCCAAACACCAACAAUGAUGAUCACAGAAUUUUUUUUUUUUUUUUGAGACAGGGUCUUGCUCUGUUGCCCAGGCUGGAGUGCAGUGGUGCAAUCAUGGCUCACUGCAACCUCGACCUCCCGAGCUUAAGCGAUCCUCUCACCUCAGCCUCCCAAAUAGCUGGGACUACAGCUUUAGUGAAUUAGAACAACCCGAACCUACCAGAAAGAAUGAGAGUAAAUCGUUCAGCCAACCCCAGUGACCGGGGCACGGAGAGCAGCGAGCUUGCAAAUCCCCUUACUCACCAAAAUGGGCCCUUUUGUGUGAUUUCCUGUGGAGGCAGCAGUCAGGGCUGCUAUAUAUACAGUGACGUUCCCGCAGUCCCACACAGCAACCAGAAAACAUCUGCUCACUUCCUUCAAAAUGGGAAAGAUCACCUUCUACGAGGACAGGGCCUUCCAGGGCCGCAGCUACGAAUGCACCACUGACUGCCCCAACCUACAACCCUAUUUCAGCCGCUGCAACUCCAUCCGGGUGGAGAGCGGCUGCUGGAUGAUCUAUGAGCGCCCCAACUACCAGGGCCACCAGUACUUCCUGCGGCGUGGGGAGUACCCCGACUACCAGCAAUGGAUGGGCCUCAGUGACUCCAUCCGCUCCUGCUGCCUCAUCCCCCCGCACGCUGGCGCUUACAGAAUGAAGAUCUACGACAGAGAUGAAUUGAGGGGACAAAUGUCAGAGCUCACAGAUGACUGUCUCUCUGUUCAGGACCGCUUCCACCUCACUGAAAUUCACUCCCUCAAUGUGCUGGAGGGCAGCUGGAUCCUCUAUGAGAUGCCCAACUACAGGGGGAGGCAGUAUCUGCUGAGGCCGGGGGAGUACAGGAGGUUUCUUGAUUGGGGGGCUCCAAAUGCCAAAGUUGGCUCUCUUAGACGAGUCAUGGAUUUGUACUGAAGUAUUUACAUUCUCCACUUUUCUCCUUUAAAAUCUAAUAAAAUAUUUAGCUUGUGUUUCUGGCA